GGGUACGUGGACUCAGAGAUGGUCAGCGAGUCCGCGCUGCUCGAUCUCUUCCUCCUCCGUGACUGCGACGUGUUCAUCGGAGCCUUUCACUCGCAGUACUCGAGACUCGCGUAUCAGCUGAUGGCGAUCAAGCAAGGGCUCCAUCCUCCUUUCUCGUCGGUCCAUCUCUCCUGGGGCUCUACCUUGACAUAUCCACUUUGACCGUUCAAUAACAAGAGACUGCACCACG